AACGAGAUAAACAACAAUGGCGGAAUGACAGCAUGAAGCAGAGAAGUAGUGUCAAUACAUAGUGGUUAUUCCCGACAUUUUAGAAAAUAUGACACUCAAUCCUCUAUCAAACCCAAAGGGGCUGAAAUUACUCUGUGAACUUUGUCAAAAGCCAGCCUUUAUACAAUGCAUGCACUGCAGAGUGACCUAUUACUGUGGGGCAGAGCAUCAGAAGGCUGAUUGGCUUGGCAUCCAUGAGAAGAUCUGUGAUAGUCUUGUCCCACUUCGUGUAAGUGCUCCCUUCCUCCCAUCAGAUGAGGAGCGACAAAAGAGGGAAAAGGAAUUAUCUGUGAAAAAGCGGCACAUGAUCGACCUGACACGGACGACAGGUCAGAAGUUGUUGUUUGAGGGGAAGCAUGAGCAGGCAGUACCAGCAGCGAUGCAGUCCCUGAGGUUCUCCAUCGACGUCCAUGGCUUGUCCAGUAUAGAGCUGGUGCCAUCAUACCUCAUCCUGGGAGAAGCAAGCAUAGGUUUAGGUAGAUUAGCACAGGCGGAAGAGUAUCUGGCACAGGCCCAGUGGACGGUGUUGAAGACACCAGAGUGUUCCAAUGCCAUCAAGUCCAAACUGUACAGGAACCUGGGACUGCUGUAUGCUGCCAAGGGAGAGUAUGGUGCAGCGUUGAGGCAGUUGGCAGAUGAUAUUUAUCAUGCCUCAGAAGAGUUUGGAACUGAGGACAUUCGGACCUCAGGGGGCUAUUUCCACAUGGCCAAUGUGUUUUUCCGCCAGGGAAAGAUGGACAUCGCUGACACACUUUACAGACAGGUGACGAACAUUUGGCAUCAUCACCUGAACCGCAUCGUCAUGUCACGCACCCGGACCCCAGAGAUCCCUAAAGGUGUUGGACCUGGGGCCGUGGAGACCCUGGAGGAAGAGGAGGAGCCACUAGACGAGGCCCAGGAGGCUGAAGCCAUCCAGGUCCUGAACGCCAUGUACGACAUGCGGGAACAUCAGCCGAACCGUGCCGCCGAGGAUCUGGCCACUGUGUGCCACGCCCUGGCUAUGUUAUACUUUGUUUUCCAGGACAUCAAGAGGGCGAAGGAGUUUGGACGCAAGGCAGUUGUGGCAAGUGAUGGUUCUCCUGAUGACAACAUCUCCCGCUCCAUCAUUGAGUUCAUGAAGAUAUGUGAACAUUAUAAGUAGGAGUCUGCCAUCAUUCAUUCACGGCAGAGGCAAACCAGCAUAUUUAAAGAGAUUGGUGUCAAAUGUUCAGACACUAAUGUGGAGCUCCAAGAACCACAGCUCCUAUGGAACUGUAAACAGUCUGUCAGACAUCUCUACUCCAACAUGUUACCUUUCAUCAUGGAUGCUGUGCUUGUCUUGUAAAGGAACUAAUACAGUGGUUUUCAUGUGAACACCUUUAAACCUUCCACUGAGCAAAUUUCGAAAUGUAAUCAUGUUUUUGUAUAUAUAUUGUUUACUGUAGUGUUUUGUUAUGAAGAUAUUAGAUUUCUUGUUACACAUGUUGAAAUAUAUGAUUGCUUCAUGUGAAGUGGCUGAAGUUUUAAAACCAAAUAACUGGUACUUAAUGAUUUUCUCAAGAGAAGCUGGUUUUCAUUCAAAGUACUAAGCAUGUCAUCAGUAUCAUGUUCUGUAAAUAUAGUGUUGUGUAUAUUUUCUUCUUCCAUAUCUCUUUCUCUCUUUCUCUCUCUCACUCUCUCUCUCAGCAUUCACCCAGGGAAGAGCAUUUAUGAUUUACGAACAUAAUAAAAGCAUCAUCCCUUACUUGUAAACUGACUACCAGCCAGUUGUUGCCAAUACGUCUUUGUAGCAUGAUGUGUUGUUUUUGCAUGUUUUUAUGAAUACAUACAUUGGGAGACAGUCAGCUAGUAUUCUUUCUUAUUCAAAAUAGUCAAUAAAAUAUAUGUAUGUGAUACAAGAAAUUAAAAAUGUAACUUGUAUUAGUGUAUGAAUUAAGUCAAAAACCCUGCCAGACAUCGCUGCUAGUAACUUCAUAAUGUUACCAGCCCAAGUGGAUUUAACCAGAGCAGACAAUCCAAAGAAAAUAACUCAACUUUUACUCACAUGUAUGGAACAUGUUAUCUAAACUUUUCACCAGACCAUCAAGCUGACUAGCUGUAAAUUUAGACCAUCCAUCAGAAAUCUAGCCUAUCUCCGGCGGUCAGAUGGUCCUUAUUUCAUACACCGUUUGUAUUACAUGUACUAAGAGGAUCAUAUGUCUAUGUCUCUGCCAUGUUUAUGUCUGUGAGAUCUCAGGUUCUGUCUGCCUAUUGGAAGCAGCUCUUCCACUGUUUCACUCACUCUAUGCUGUACCUCAUUACAGAACUCUGAGUUAAUAGAACAGUAAAUUGUGAUUUUGAAACAUUUAAGAAAUAAUAAGCAAUACCGGUAGGUGAAACCUGGUUGCUGGACUGUAGUAGGUCUGUGUGCUGGGAUCUGGUUGAAUGAAGAUGUUACCCAAACAAAAAAAUCACAGUUUGACAAUGGUCCUUUGUUUUUAAUGCCUUACCAACAUCUCAGACUGCUGACACUUGAUACAAGCCAUUAGCACUUUUA